UGGCAGAGCGUGGCGGAGCGGUGCAGAGAGGAGAGGGGAUUUGGGGGUUCGCCGUUUCGCUCGCCGGCCCGCUUUGUCUCGUUCGCCUUGCCCCAGCCUUGCCUUGCCAGACUCGCGCCGGGCUUGUCAGUUGUGCCGGCGCUGUCAUCCGCCUCGCUUGGUACCCACCAAGCCAACCCGCCCACGGAACAGCCCUCUGGACUCGCGAAGGGGACCCUCUCUCAACUCUCGACGAGUACCUUCAUAUCGUGAAAGAAUGUGCGCGUGCAGGAAGGCGGUGCUGCUGGACGGCGGCUUCUCCACGCAGCUGGUGGAGAACGUCGGCGAGGAGGUGGACGGGCACCCGCUGUGGAGCGCGCGCUACCUGGCCUCGCACCCCAAGGCCGUCAUGCAGACCCACCUGGACUUCCUGCGAGCGGGCGCGGAGGUGACCAUCACCAACACGUACCAGGCCAGCAUCGGCGGCUUCAAGGAGCACCUGGGCCUGUCCGAGGAGGAGAGCCUGCGCCUGAUGCGCCGCGCCGUGGAGCUGGCCAAGGAGGCCGUCGACAUCUACAUGAAGGAGAACCCCUCCUGUAAAGUGCGGCCCCUGAUCGCGGGCUCCGUGGGGCCCUACGGCGCGUCGCUGCACGACGGCUCGGAGUACCGCGGGGAGUACGCGGACACAGUGUCGCGGCAGACGCUGGCCGACUGGCACCGGCCGCGCAUCGAGACCCUGGUGGCGGCCGGCGUCGACCUCCUCGCCCUGGAGACCAUACCGGCGCAGAAGGAGGCCGAGGUGCUCGUCGAGCUCAUCAAGGACUUCCCCCGCGUGCGGGCCUGGAUCAGCUUCUCCUCCAAGGAGCCUGGAGAGGAAAUGGAUAUUGGCUCAACAAAUGGAUUUACAGAGGAUUAUCAUCAAAUAUCCCAUGGAGAAUUAUUGCGGGAUGUUGCCCAUGAGUGUUGGUCACGAAAUUCAAACCAGCUGGUUGCUGUUGGGGUGAAUUGUUUAAAUCCGAAGUACGUGACCUCACUUUUCUCCAGGAUCAAUGAGGAGGGCCGCCCACACAUUCCUCUUAUUGUAUAUCCAAACAGUGGGGAGGUUUAUAGUCCAAAGACUGGAUGGACUGACCCUGACAAUGUGGCAUCCGUCGAUUCUUAUGUUGAUGAAUGGCUUUCAUUGGGAGUUGAAUACGUUGGUGGUUGUUGUCGAACUAAUGCUGAAGACAUUCGCCGCAUGCGAGGCCAUGUAGAUAGAUGGUUGAAAGAGGGUACCUUUACUGGCCCUAUGGGCAUUGUUUCAACGAACAGUAGUUGCAUUACCAAUAGUGUUGGUUGCCACUAGGUAGCAAAAAUAUAUAAAUUUUGGUAAAUUUAUCUGUUUUUUAAGAACAAUUGUAAGCUCAGCUUGAGUUCAGAUUUGUAUUUUACUACUUCAAUUUUAUGGUUCCUUGUAGUAUUUACAAGCAACUAUAUGGCCUGGAAACAUCAAAUUUUGCCUCUUCAGCAUUUAUUGCCACCAAUGUUUUUAUGGGAGACAAAUUCAUCAAACCCAGCAAUAUAAAUGCGUUUAAAUAUCUGUCCAUUAUUUUAGAUGCUCCAGUACCUGAAAUAAUUAAGUUGGUGGAUUUGUACUAUACUGACUUCCCUGCAGAUUAUUGGUUAAUAGGAUUUUUAAUAAAAGACAUUGAUUUCUG